ACUCUGUAAAUCUGCGCAGCCCCGAGCCUGGGCGUUUCGGACUCACCCGCGGCCACGGCGGGUUACCCCCGUUCAUAGCCCGUGGGUGCGCCGGGUCUCCGGACAGAGCGGGCGCGGUGAGAAGCUGGACCAGUGGCCCUUGGCUCUCUCUUCCGUUCCGCACCCCCCUCCUUAAAAUAAGUGUGUUCUGUUACAGGGAUGAAGGCAAUGAGUGGCAACGAGCAGGACUGGCUGGCUCUGAGGCCCCAGGAACCUUCUCCAUCCCAGUGCUGCGGCAGCGGCUGCAAGCCCUGCAUCUACGAUGUGUACGAGAAGGAGCUUGCACAGUGGGAGAGAGCCAAAGCACUGCAAGACAAAAGCCUUCUCGUUGGAAAGAAGGAGCAGAGCAAUAAUUCAGAGCUGAAUCCAGAUACAUUCACUGCAUUCAGCGUGAGCUCGGUGGAGCAGCUGACAGAGGACACCUACCAGUACAAAUUUGAAUUACCGGGAAAUAGCAGCCUGCGAUUGAGUUUAGGACAACAUAUCGUGUUAAGAGGAGUGGUGAAUGGUUUGGAGGUCCAGAGAGCCUAUACUCCAAUUAGCCCUGGGAAUGCAGAAGGUUACUUUGAAGUUCUAAUUAAAUGCUAUGAAGCUGGGCUAAUGUCACAAUACAUAAAAACGUGGAAAAGAGGAGACGUGGUCUUUUGGCGUGGGCCAUUUGGAGGGUUCCCAUAUCGACCUAAUAAGCAUGGAGAACUCCUCAUGCUGGCCUCUGGCACCGGCCUUGCACCAAUGAUUCCCAUUCUCCAGUCCAUAACAGAUGAUGAAGAGGAUGAAACCUUUGUAACUCUUGUUGGCUGCUUCCCUACCUUUGACAAAAUUUAUUUGAAACCUCUUCUGCAGGAUUUGGCUCGGUACUGGAACAUUAGAAUAUUUUAUGUCCUAAGCCAGGAAACUUCACUGGAAAAACUUCCUUGGAGCUAUCAGGAAAACACAUACACUGGUCGUCUCAAUGAAGACUUGAUGAAGACAAUAAUAAAAUCCUGUCGACGAAAGCCAUUUGUAUUAAUUUGUGGCUCUUCUGCAUUCAAUGAAGAUAUGAGUAGAUACUUGGAAGCUUCAGGAAUUGAAGAAAAUUCCUGUUUUGUCUUUUAGCAGGAUAUUCCUGACAUGAGGAACCUCAGGCUGAGCCUUGAAUGUCCUUGUUUCUUUGCAGACAUUGCACAAAAUGGGCCUGCUCAGAAGACUGAGCUCCUUGGAGCAGCUAUUUGUUGAUCCUCAUGCCUGGAUGUUUUAAGGAAUGGGUGCCAUUCCAGAGUGGCUGCUUCACGGUGUGCCACCCACACCUCAGGGACCAGUGUGGUAAUUUUAAUGGAAGUCUUCAAGUGCAAUUUUAAGAGAGAGAGAUCUCCUAAGGGGGUACUUACUGUACCAUGCACACAGCUCUGCUGUAAUACAGAGAUUGGUGACUUGCUUUGCAAUCUGUGUUAUUCUGCAGUGGUGUUGUGCCCUGCUAGGUGUCCAGAGGAGAGACAGAAUCCUCAUGGAUCCUUGCCAGGCCAAGAGAAUGGCAGAGUCUGGAUAAUUUUGGUUCUGUCAUGUGCAGGCUGAUGUCAGGCAAGUCCCUUCAGCCUCACUGUGCCUCAGUUUCCCCACUGUACACUAAUACAGAGAAGGUGGCACUGAUCUCUGGAAACAGCCUUUCCAACUGUAUAUGGAAGAGCUAUCCAUAAGGAUGAAAUGAUACAUUAUGGCUAGUGAGAUCUUAGGCAGGCUGAGCUGCUUCCCUGGCACAGCCUGUGCUACCUACCCUGUGCUUAACCCUUGAAAUGCUGCCUGGGGAGACAAAGAGCGUGUCCCAAAACUGGGAGAGUGUGGCCAGGUUGUGGCUGCUGUCUGUCAGGGACGAUGGUUGUUUGCUUUCCAUGUCCCCUAAGUGUUGUAUCAUAGCCCUGGCUCAUUAAACUGAACCUCUUUUCAAAUAAA